UGUUGGUUCUCUUCGAAGAACACUUGGAAUCAGGUAAGAAGACAAGGCAGUAUAGUGGAAUGGAGCAAGCUGAUCUGGUUCUCACAAGCUGUUCCCCGCUACUCUUUCAUUGCGUGGCUGGCUCUCCGCAACAGACUCUCGACUGGCCAAGCCCAGACUGGAGCAUCACGGUUACAACACUGUUGUCGCCUCGCAGGUCUACCAUUGAUUCAUGUCUUCUUCGACUAUCCUUCCAGGCUGUAAUCCAUAGUAUAUGGAGGGAAAGGAACAGCAGGAAGCACACGGGUGCUCACCGUACCGCUCAACAACUCACGAAGUUUAUAGACAAGACAAUACGCAACCGCAUCUCCUCUCUUCGUUCUAGAAACGCAGGGAACUGCAGUAGCUUGAUGAUUCGCUGGAUGGGAAGAAAUUGAUAUUUUGCUGUUUCUUUCUUAAAAGCUGAUGUUGUUCUCAGA